UGGAAAGGUAGAAGGCCAGCCCAAUGGUGACACAAUCCCAGCUGAGCAAGCCGACCCUUCAGAUGACACUGUUGCUGGUGCUGGGAGUCGUCAGAAUGAUCAGAUAGUGCAGAAAAUAGAGGAAGUGCUCUCUGGAGCCCUUGAUACAGAGCUGCAGUGCAAAUCAGAUGUAGACAAAAAUACCGUGAAAAAUAGUACAAAGUCUACAAAAAGAAGCUCUACUGCUGAAGAUGAAAUUCCUAGGAAAAAAUCCAAGAAGAACAAGAAACACAAAAGCAAGAAGAAGAAGAAAAAGAAGAAGAAAAGGAAGAAAGAGAAAAAGCAUAAAAAGCAGCCGAAGGAGUCAAAGUUGAGUACACGUCAUGGAGAACAAGCAGACUUGCAGCUUGCUUCUCACUUGAUGCCAGAGAAAUCAAGCUCCAAAUUGAGUGUACAGCAUGGAGGAUCUGGAGAUGCAAAUCUGGCUGUCCAUGUGCAGCCAGAAGAACUGUGCUUGAAAGUAGGUGAGGAGGUUGAUAGGCAAGCUUUAGGGCUUGUUUCUCAUUCAAUAACUGAUUCUCAGCAAUCUACAGAAAAUCUUGUAAGUGAAAAGGGGACUUUGUGUGCAACAAAUCCUCCAUUUAAUUUAGAAGGCAGCCAAUCUGAUAUACGAGGAAAUGCUAGUAUAACUCAAAUUUGCACUAGAGAAGAACAAAUUAAACCGUCCCAUGAGAAUAUUUAUCCUAUAGCUAUUAAUGCAAGUGAAAAGAGUGUUCUUGUUGAUACUGGAAAUGACACUUUGUCUAGCAUCCCAUUUGGAGUUGCCAAUACAUCUGAAAUUCAUAAAGAUUUAGCAGCAACUUUAGCUUCAGAAGUAAUAGAAGCACCAAAAGGUUCAGAAGUUAUUUUGAAAUCUAAAGGCACUGGAGAAGUAAAAGCUUUGGAUACAGCUCUUGAGUCUGAGACCAUGGACGUGUUGAAAUAUUCGGAAGCAUCUCUACAAUCUGUGGCACAGGGGAAAGCAAAAAAGUUAGAAGCAGCUUCAGAAUCUGUGUCUUUGACAAGUGAUGUGACAGCAGUUCCUAAAUCUGCAGAUCAGGCAGAUCUGAAUACUGUGAAGGUAGCUCAUAUGUCUGUGGCCAUGGAAGAAGUGAAAAUUCCAGAAGCAUCUGAAAAAUCUCUGCAUAUGGGACAUGUUAAAAAUGUGGAAAGAUCUUUGGAAUUAGGGGGUGUGAGCAGAACUUUGGAGCCAGCCUUGAGGCCCUCAAUUAUAUCUGAUAAUUUGAGAGUGAUGCAGUGCAGCCCUGUGGAGGGCUCAAGUGUCUUGAAGGCGCAUGGACCUUUGAAACAUUGUUUUCAAAUAGCUGCAGCAACUGCUGUGAGCCAGGUGCACUUGGGACCAGGAGCUGUUGCAAAAGUGAAGGAUAUUGAACCAACUAGAAGCUCUGCGUGUAUGACAAGUGCGAAAGCCUUGGAAGAAACUCUGCAGCCAAUUGCUGUAGUAAAGCCCAAAACUUUGGAAACGAUGGAACCUGUGGGUGUGAUAGCGAAAGAUGUCAAAGCAGCACAAGAAUGUCUGCAAGCUGAAGUAGUCAAAGAUGUGGAAGGUACCACUGAUCCUGCAACAGCACUGAAUGCAUCAGGAGUGUUGCUACAACGUAAAGUCUUGACAGAAACAAAAAGUGUGGAUGGAAACCAGGAAUCUGCACUUCCAGCAGAAUUGAUAGAUGUGAAUGUGGUUGCAGAGGCAAAAGGUUUAAGAGCGACUUUAGAACCCGUAGCGGUUGUGCAGACCUUCGUUCCCCAAACGACUCCAGAAAUCCAGAUGAUGGAGGGUUUUAAAGGUCAACGAGCACCCAUGGAAGUUGCAGCACUACCAGGAGUAAAAGGUCAAGAAACAAGUCAAGCUACUCUGCAAUUGGAAAAUACUAAUGCUUCAAACAUUUCAGAAUCUAUUCUCAAGCGUGUAGCUGUAACAGAGGCAAAAGAUUCAGAAGGUACCUCAUUACUGAGACAACCAAAGGAGCUGAGAGAAUCAAGAUCUGAGAGUGAAUUAAUUGUGAGAGGUUUGGAAGCAGCUCCCCUGUCUUUGCAGAAAGAAGACAUUAGAGGUCCAGGAGGAGUCCUAAGUCAAGUGGCCGUGGUGGAAGCAAAGCCUUUGAAAACGGCUUCACUCUCUUUGCAAAUGGAAGGUGUGAAAGCUUCAGAAGAAUCUGUGCAUUGUGGGACUGCGGCCAGAGGUUUAGGAGCUGCACUAGAUUCAACAGCUAUGAAAGUUGUGAGACCAGUGAAAAGUUUGGGAACAGCUAUAGGACAUAUAGCAGAGACAGAAAGGAAAGAUUCACAAGCAGACCUUGACAGAGCUGGGACAGAAAUAAAGAUGUCUUCAUCACACCUACACAUGAAAGGUGCAAGAGAUUUAGGAGAUCCAGCAUCUGUAGGUACAGCAAAGAUACAAGCUUUGGAAGCAGUCUUGCAGCCUGGAACCCUUGGAGUGGCAAGGGGCUUAGGAGGAAACGUGUGUUCUGAAGCCAAAAUGGGUAGCAAAGUCUUGGAAGCAAGUCCAGGACUUCUUGCUUUAGAAGAAAGGUCACAAAGGACUCAGGGAGAACCGAAACAUGCAGAAACAGUUGCAGGACCUGUUGGUGCAAGCAAAACAGAGAGUUCCAUCAUUUCACAGUCUGAGGUCAUGACGUGUGCAAGAACCUCACAAACUGAGGUGUUAGGGGAGAUAACGGAUUCUGAACUAGCUACCAGUUAUGCCACUGUAGAAGUAAGAGGCUUAGACAGCUUGUCGGAAGCUGAGGCAGUUGUGGAAGCGCGAUCGAAAACUUCGCACUUAACGCAGCUGAAAGAUGUGGAAAUGGUUGUGGGAUCUGAAACAAAGUCACUAAUGCAAGGCUUGGGAAGGACAUUGGCAUCUGAGGUGGUUAGAGAAUCAAGGCAUUCUGAAGUUGCUCCAGAAGAUCCAAACAAAGCAGAGGCAAGGAGCAAAGAAGCAAUACUAGAACCUGUGCAAACAGCGGUGGUGCAAACUUUAGAAACAAGUUCAAAAUAUGUACAAGGUCAUUCAGAAGCAGUAUUAGAGACUUUGCCCAGAGGUGGAGAAAAAACUGUGGCAUCAGAAACAGUAACAGAAAUGAGAAACUUGAAAGAAACUUUGGAAUCUAAUAUUUUGACAGAUGUGAGAACUCAGGGACCUACUGUAGAAUAUAUAAUUGCAACAAGAAGGACAAGCACACAAAAAAAUGAGCCCUCGCUUAUAAAUUUAAAAGAUGUGGAAGAAGCUUCAGAAAUGGAGAAAGCAAUGGAAGCAACGUGUUUGGAGCCAGCAUCAGAAGCUAGAGAGGUGAGGUUGUUGGAGAGUAUGAAAGAGUCUGCAACAGCAGAGGUAAAAGGUGCUGAAACAGUCGAAGAGCCUGAGGUACACAUGGAUAUCCAAGGUUUGGAAACUUCCCAAAAGUCUGGAAAUGUGGGGGCAGUGAAUGUUUUAGAGGAUGCUUCAGAAGCAGUUGCAGAAUCUUCGCACGCUGAAAAGCAAGAGGACCUGCAAGCAGUUCUAGAAACAAAACCUGCUGCAGAAUGGAAGAGUACAGACGAGGCUCCAGAAAUCCUGAGUACUGCUGAAAUGAAAUCAUCUGAAGCAGUUCCAAAACCAGGGGACAUGAAAGAUCUGGAAACAAAGCUGGAAUGUGGGAUGGCAGCAGAAGUACAAUAUGCAGAAAAGGUGCAGGGUCAACAAAUGAAGGAUGUGAGAGUUCCAGGUCAAGCUCAGGAAUGUGAGAUGCUGGCUGAGAAGAAAGAUGCAGAGCAAGCUCAAGCAUCUGAGCCUUUCAUAGCAGAAACAGUUUUCCAUUCUUCACAUGCAGCAGAUGAAAAAGAUUCAGCAGAGACUCCUGAAUCUGAAAUAAUCAGAGACACAAAACAGUUGGAAGCAGCUCCAGCUCGUGUGGCAGAAACACAAGAUUUGGAAACAGCUCCUCUUCCCGAGGCUCUUGUAGAGCGGAAAGAUGCAGAAACAGCUGUGGGGUUGGAGACAGAGACAAAAGAUUCAGAAGCAGCUCCAGUACCCGAGACUGCUACAGAAGCAGUUCCAGUACUAGCAGCAGAGGCAAGCAAAUCAGAAGGCAUUCUGGAGGCUGAGGCUGUGAAAGAAACAACUCCAGAACAGGAGUCAGAGAAAAGAGAUUCAGAAACAUCUGAUGUGCAACCCGAUGUUGCGGCACGAAUGAGGGAGACUCUGAUGAGACUUGAGAAAGUUAGGGAAAAAAGCAGCCAUAGAAGCAGUGAUAAAAAACAUGAUGCAAAGAAACAAAAAAGGAGUCACUCCAAGUCUCAAUCCAGGUCUAGGAAGCGGAAGAAAAAGUCAAGGUCACGUUCUACUUCCAGGCGUUUGACUUCUAAAAGAGCACGUUCUAGGAGCAGAAACUAUUCAGAUUCCAGAAAAAAGCAUUCCAAAUCUAGAUCCCGAUCUGUGGAAAAGAGAGAAAGAAGAGUGUCUUCCCGGAGGUCCAGGCGCAGACAUUCCAGGUCAUCUGACCGUUACAGGUCUAAAUCCCGAUCAGCAGAAAAGAGAGGGAGCAGAUUAUCCUCCGGGAGAUCCAGACGUAGACGGUCCAGGUCGUCUGACCACUACAGAUCUAAAUCCAGAUCAGUGGAAAAGCGACUGUCCUCCCGAAGGUCCAGGCGUAGACGUUCCAGGUCUUCUGACCGCUACAGAUCUAAGUCCAGGUCAGUGGAAAAGCGACUGUCCUCCCGAAGGUCUGGGCGCAGACGUUCCAGGUCUUCUGACCGCUACAGAUCUAAGUCCAGGUCAGUGGAAAAGCGACUGUCCUCUCGAAGAUCUGGGCGCAGACGUUCUAGGUCUUCUGACCGCUACAGGUCUAAGUCUAGGUCAGUGGAAAAGCGACUGUCCUCCCGAAGGUCUGGGCGCAGACGUUCCAGAUCUUCUGACCGUUACAGGUCUAAGUCUAGGUCAGUGGAAAAGCGACUGUCCUCCCGAAGGUCUGGGCGCAGACGUUCCAGAUCUUCUGACCGUUACAGGUCUAAGUCUAGGUCAGUGGAAAAGAGCAGGCUGUCCUCCUGGAGAUCCCGUCGCAGACAUUCUGGGUCCUCUGACCGUUCUAAAUCUAGAUCCAGGUCUUCAGAAAAGAGAGGGGGCAAAGAAUAUUCAUGGAGGUUCAGACAUAGAGGGUCUGGUUCCUCUGACCGUUCGAAAUCUAGGUCAAGAUCUGUUGAGAAGAGAGGUCGGAAGGCGUCUCUGCGGAGGUCUAAACGUCAGCGCUCAAAGUCCUCUGACCGUUACAAGUCUAGAUCCAGAUCUGUAGAAAAAAGAGAUCGAAAGCAAUCAUCUAGGAAGUCUAAGCGUCAGCGAUCAAAAUCCUCUGACUGUUACAAGUCUAGAUCCAAAUCAGUGGAAAAAAAGAAAGAGUCCUCACGAAAAUCUAAGCGUCGCCGCUCAAAAUCUUCUGAACGUUACAAGUCUAGGUCUAGGUCUGUUGAAAAAAAGCGCAAGGAAUCUUCAAAAAAAUCCAAACGGAAACGUUCCAAGUCCUCUGAUAGUGUUAAGUCAAGGUCCAAAUCUACAGAAAAAAGAGAGAGUAAGUUAUCCUCAGUGAAGUCCAGUAGCAAGGAUGUGGAUUCUUCUGAACUUAAAGAGUCAACCAAAGGUCUUGAAAAAGUAGAUGCUCCUGAACCUUCAUUUGCAAGUGAAGGGAGCUCCUCCAAAUCAUCUAAUGGUCCCAUGACAGUAGCUUUGUCUGUUGAAGGAGUAAAUGGACCAGAGCUGCCACCCGUAUCUGAAAGUGGAUAUUCCAAAACUGUUGAUAGUCUUGAGAAAAGCUCCUCAUCUGUUGAAAAAACAGUGGAUGUGGAGCCUUCUGUGAUGUCUGAACUUGAUAGCUCCAAAACCACAGAUGACCAGGAAUUGAGAUCCGUGCCUGUUGAAAAAACACAGGUUUCAGAGCUUUCUGUGACGUCUGAAAAUGGAUCAUCUGAAAAAGCAGUGGCUCUGGAGUCUUCAUCGCUACCUGAACUUACAUAUUCCACACCCAAGUCAAGAUCCUCAUCUGUUGAAAAAAGAGGAGAUCUAGAAACUACUUCGGUAACAGAAUUUAAUCUCUCCACAUCCCAUGAAGAUGGGUCAAGAUCUACCUCUCUCAAAGACAUGGAGGGUCCAGCGCCUCUUCUGACGCUGGAAAGUGGAUGCUGUGUAUCUUCUGAUGACUGUAAGACAAUCUCAUCCUCUGGAAAAACAGGUAUACAGGGGUCUUCUCUGAUGUCUGAAAGCAUACUCUCUGACUUGUCUGAUGGUCAUGAAUUGAGACAUAUCCCUGUUGAAAAACCAGAGCUUCAGAAUUUUUUGCAAGUACCUGAAAGCGAGUCUUCCAAGUUGACUGACAGCCCUGAGUCAAGAUCAACAUCUUUUGGAACAGUAGAGGUUCAAAAAUAUUUUCUGACACCUGAAGUUACAUGUUCUGUGUUCCCUGAUGUCUGUGAGUCAGCCUCCUUGCCUAUUGAAAAGGGCCAGAUGCAGGAGCCUUCUCUGGCUCCAGACAGUGGAUGCUUCAAGUCUCCUGAUAGACACGAAUCAGGAUCCAGCUUUCCUGCACAGGUAGAGGAGGUUCCAUUGAUGUCUGAAGGUGGAUCCUUCAAGUCACCUGGUGGAAAUGAAGAAAGAUCUUUAUCUGUUGAAAAAGUCAAGGUGCCAGAUGUAUCCCUGAUGUCUCAGUGUGGUCCUGUUGAGAUCUCAGAUGACCUCAUUUCAGCAUCUUCUGAAAAAGUGCAGGAAGUUGUACUGACAACUGUAGGACAAAGCUGCAAGUCUUCUGAAGUCCAUGAGUCAAGAUCAUCUGUAGACAAAGAUUUAGAUGGUCUGACAUUUUCCCAAAUACUUGAAGUUGACUGCUCCGAAUCUCCUGACGUGCAUGAGCAGAGAUACCUGCCUGCUGGAAAAAUAGAGGGUACAGGAUCUUUCUUGAUGUCUGAAAGUGGAAUUCCUGCGUGCCAUGAUGGCCAUAAAUCGAAACACAAUUACGUAGAGAAAACAGAAGGUGCAGAACUGUCACUGGUAUCUGAGCUUAAAUGUUCUGUCUUCCCUGAAGGCUAUGAAUUGACAUCCACUGCAGUGGAGAAAAUGGAGAUACAGAAGCACCCUCUUCCACUGGAAAGUGGGUUCUCCAGGUUUGCUAAUGCUUGUGAAUCAGUAAGCACACCUACUGAAAAACUACAUGCCCCAGUGACUUCUCUGACGUCUGAAAGGGGGCUUUUGCUGUUGCCUGAUAGUAAUGAACUGAGACCUAUCUCUGCUGAAGAAGUAGAGGUGCGAAAGUCAUCUGAACUGAAAUGCAUUGCAUCCCCUGAUGGCCAUAAGUUGAGAUCUGCCUAUGAUGAAGAAAUACAGGUGCAGGAGCCACCUCUGAUACUGGAAAGCAGAUGUUCUAUUUCCUCUGAUAAUCGUGAGUUGACAUCCACCCCUUUUGAAAAAGCUGAGGUAGAGGAGCCUUCUCAAAUGUCUGAAAAUGAAUACACAGUAGGGCUUGACGGUCCAGAUUUGGCAUCAACCCCGGCUGAAAAAACGGAGAUGCGGGAACUUUAUCAGAUGUCUGAAGAAAGAUGUUCAGUGUCCAUUGAGGGCCAGCAGUUGCGGUCACCCCCCGUUGAAAAGUUAGAAGUGCAAGAGCUUGCUCUGACGUCUGAAAAUGAAUAUGCUGUAUCUUGGGAGGGCCAGGAGUUAAGAUCUAGCUCUCCUGAAAAGGUAGAGAUGCAGGAGGCUUCUGUAGUACCUGACAAUGAAUAUACUGUGUCUUCUGAAGAUCACGAAUUGCCAUCUUCCCUUGCUGAAAAAACAGAGGUACAGGAGUGUUCUCUACUGUCUGAAAAUGAAUAUGCUGUUCCUCCUGAGAGGCAGGAGAUGACAGCCAGCCCUGCUGAAAAAGAGGUGCAAGAGUCUUCUCUAACAUCUGACAGCAAAUAUACUAUCUUUGCUGAAAGCCAAGGAUUGCAGUCUACUCUUGCUGAAAAAAUGGUGGUGCAGGAGCCUUCACUAGUACCAGACAGUCAAUAUGCUGCAUCCCCUGAAGAGCAGGAGGUCUCUGCUCUUACUGAAAAAACAGAGGUGCGGGAGUGUUCUUCGCUGUACGAAAAUGAGUAUGAUGCGUCCCAUGAAGGCCAUGACUUGAGAUCCAGUCCUGUUGAAAAAGAAGAAAUAGAGGAACCUUCUGAAACAUCUGAAAGUGAAAGUUCAACAUCCACUGACAGCCAGGAGUUGCAGUCAACUGGUGUUGGAAAAACAGAGGUGCAGGAGUUGUCUUUGUCUGAAGGUGAAUGUGCCAUGUCCCCUGAAGAUCGGGAGCUGCAGUCUAGCCCUGCUGAAAAGGUAGAGGCUAAGGAACCUCUGACAUCGGAAAAUGAACAUGUUCUGUCCCCUGUAGAGUAUGAAUCAAGACUGACUCACGCUGAGAAAACAGUGGAUAUUGAUCCUUCUUUGACAUCUGAAAAUUACAAUGUUUUGUCUUUUGAGAGCCAGGAGGUGAGAUUUACCCCUGUUCAAAAAGCAGAUGUGCGAGAGUUUUCUCCAACACCUGAAAAUGAACAUGUAGCAUACCCUGAUGGCCAGGAGUUGAGAGCCGCCACUGUUGAAAAAGUAGGCAGUCUCGAACCUGUGACACUAAAUGAUAGAGCCUCCGUGUCCCCUGAUGACAGUGACUUUAAAUCCAUCCCUGUUGAAAAAAAUGAUGAUGCAAUGCUUUCUUUAAUGCCUGAAGGUGGGUGCUCCAUGUCCCCCGAUGGCUACAGUGUGAAAUCUGUCCCUGAUGAAGAAACAGGGGAUCUAGAGCCCUCUUUGAUAUCUGAACGUAGACAUUCCACAUCCUCAUAUCAGGAAGAUCAUGAGGUGAAAUCUCACAUAGAGGAGGAGGGUCUAGAGUCCUCUUUAACUUCUGAACAUAGACGAUCUGUGUCCCCUGAGGGCCAUGACCAGAAAUCUACCAUAGAUGAAGAAAUGGAUGAUCUGGAGCCCUCUUUGACAUCUGAACAUAGACGCUCCACGUCCCCUGAUGAGCAUGAGUCAAGAUCUAGCAUUGGUGAAGAAGCAGAGUAUCUGGAGCAGCCUUUGACAACAGACCGUAGAUGCUCUGUGUCCUCUGAUGAGCAUGAGUCAAGGUCUACCACUGGGGAAGAGGUGGAGGAUGCAGAACCCUCCUUGGUAGCUGAACGAAGAGACUCCACAUCCUCUGAUGACCACGAGUCAAGGUCUACCACUGGUGAAGAUAUAGAAGAUGGGGAGCCCUCUUUGACAGCUGAACGUAGGCACUCCACAUCCUCUGAUGAUCAUGAGUCAAGGUCUACAGCUGGUGAAGAAGUAGAGGAUAUGGAACUCUCUUUGACAGCUCAACAUAGACGUUCUGUGUCUCCUGAUGGACGUGAGUCAAGGUCAACCACUGGUGAAGAAGUAGAUGAUGCAGAGCCCUCCUUGAGAGCUGAACGAAGAGACUCCACAUCCUCAGAUGAACAUGAGUCGAGGUCUACCACUGGUGAAGAUGUGGAGGAUAUGGAACCCUCCUUGACAGCUGAACGAAGAGAUUCCACAUCAUCGGAUGAGCAUGAGUCAAGGUCUACCACCGGUGAAGAAGUAGAGGAUAUGGAACCCUCUUUGACAGCUGAACACAGACGUUCCACAUCCCCUGAUGGGCGUGAAUCGAGGUCUACCACUGGUGAGGAAGUAGAUGAUGCGGAGCCCUCACUGAGAGCUGAACGAAGAGACUCGACAUCCUCAGACGAGCAUGAGUCAAGGUCUACCACUGGCGAAGAGGGUGAGGAUGCAGAGCCCUCUUUGGCAGAUGAAGAUAAACAGGAUUCCAUGCCUCUUGAGACAUCUGAGGAACAGGACUCUUCCUUUAUACCUGAAAGUAGGUGUUCUGAGUCUUCUGAACGUGAAAAAUCUAGAUCCAAAUCUGUUGAUAAAAUGUCUGACAAAGAGUCUUCAUGUAGAUCUAUAAGCAGACGCUCAAAAUCUCCUACUCGCCAAAAGAGUCGAUCCACAUCUGUUGAAAAAGCAGCAGACAAAGAAUCUUCACGGAGGUCUAGACGUAGACGCUCCAGGUCCACUGCUCGUCAAAGGAGUCAAUCAACUUCUGUUGAAAAAACAGCAGACAAAGAGUCUUCACGGAGGUCUAGACGUAGGCGCUCCAGAUCCACUGCUCACCAAAGGAGUCGAUCCAAAUCUGUUGAAAAAGCAACAGACAAAGAAUCUUCACGGAGGUCUAGAAGCAGACGCUCUAGAUCUUCUCAACGCAGAUCCCAGAGAUAUGAUACGGAAUCUCGCUCUAGACGGAACCGCUCCAGAUCAGUAACACGGAGAAGAGCGUCAAGAUCAAAAUCUAAUCGUCGCUCUCGGUCUAGCUCGUUGUCACGUUCAAGGCACAGAAGGAGGAGUAGGUCAAGGUCAGCCUCAAGAAGGCGGCGUUCUUUAUCAAGAGACAGGCGUAAGAGAUCUCAGAGAAAUAGAUCAAGAUCUACUGACAGAAGAAGAAGAAGAUCAGAUUCAAGAGAUCGUAGAAUAUCACUCAGAUUACGGAGCAGGAGUCGAACACCUAUUCGUCAAAGGCGAUCAAGGUCAAGAGGAAGAAGACGGAGCUCUAGCAGGUCACCAAUUCGACUACGUCGAUCAAGGUCUUCAGGGAGAAGAAGAUACAGCAGAUCACCUGACCGUCGUAGGUCGAGGUCAUCAGAACGAUUUUCAAGCAGGUCACCUAAACGUCUUACAGACUUGGACAAGGCCCAGCUACUUGAAAUAGCCAAAGCUAAUGCAGCCGCCAUGUGUGCUAAGUCUGGUGUUCCCUUACCACCAAGCCUGAUGCCUUUGUUGUCUCAAAAGAAGGACGACAAAGCCAAUCAGAAGUCAUCAAGAGAGUCGCUGAAGGAGCUCACUGAGAAAUGCAAGAAGAUUGCUCAAAGCACAGAUGAUGUGAUAGUGAACAAACCUCAUGUUUCUGAUGAAGAGGAGGAAGAACGUCCUUUCUAUAAUCAUCCUUUUAAGCUCAGUGAACCCAAACCUAUUUUCUUCAAUUUAAGUACUCCCAGCAUAAAACCAGCACCACCACCACAACCAAAAAAUCAGGUCAGCCUGUCAAAGGAAUUUCCUGUUUCAUCUGGAUCUCAACACAGGAAAAAAGAAGCAGAUAGUGUCUAUGGAGAAUGGGUUCCAGUUGAAAAAGGCAAAGAAGAAAGCAAGGAUGAUGUUUUCCCCAAACCAUCCAUCGAGGGCGUGGACAUAACUGCAGCUAUGAAUGAUCGAGCAAUGGCUCAGAAAAGGCUUAAUGAAAACUCAUUUGAUUUAGAGGCCAUGUGCAUGUUAAAUCGUGCACAGGAACAGAUUGAUGCCUGGGCUCAAUCAAACUCCAUACCUGGCCAGUUCACAGGAAGUACUGGAGCACAGAUACUGUCCUCAGAUGAGCUGACCAACAGUGGUCCCCAAGCAUGGAUUAGAAAGGAUCAGUUCUUAAGAGCAGCCCCUGUAACUGGAGGAAUGGGAGCUCAGCUGAUGAGAAAAAUGGGCUGGAGAGAAGGAGAAGGGCUUGGAAAAAACAAAGAAGGCAGCGUUGAGCCUAUUAUGGUUGAUUUUAAGACAGAUCGAAAAGGACUUGUUGCUGUGGGAGAGAAGGCACAGAAGAGAUCUGGACAUUAUGUUGUGAUGAAGGAUCUUUCAGGUAAGCAUCCAGUUUCUGCGUUGAUGGAGAUCUGUAACAAAAGAAGAUGGACACCACCUGAAUUUGUGUUGGUUGAUGAUAGUGGGCCUGAUCAUCGCAAACAUUUUAUCUUUAAGGUGAGAGUCAAUGGAAAUGAAUAUAGGCCUACUUUUGCCAGCCUUAAUAAGAAGCAUGCUAAAGCCACAGCAGCAACUGCGGCUCUCCAAGCGAUGGGACUUGUACCAAAGGAAAGCAUGGUUAAUACCACCAUGUUUAGGAGUGCCUCACACCGCUAGAUAUUGGUUUUUAUAUUGACAUUAUUUCAGAUAAUUAUACUCUGCACAAAAAUGGUAUUUGCCCUUUCGUGUUGUAAAUACAUUGGCAAUUCCCACAUUGUAAAAACUGUACAGACACCUUCAGGUUUUUCUUUUGUACCAUCAAAAUGUAUUUAAAUCAUACUUAGGUUUUGGUAUGUUUAUAUUGUUUACAUUAGUGAUGUAAUUAUUUCUUAAAUGACUAAAUCAGACAACAGACUCUGGAGGCAACAGUAAUCUCUAGACCCUUGUUUUAAAAUUAAUGCAAUUUCUCCUCAAUAUGGAAUGUUAACACUUUCAUACGUUUUGUACUAUGCUGCAGUUUUCCCUGGUCUCGGUAAAGCUACUCGUGCACUUUUGCCGACAGCCGGUAAAAGGUCGUGCAGCUUCCUUUAGUCUAGUCGAGGCUGGCGUGUACUGCUGGACAGAUACAGGGCCAGUACUGUGCCCCCUGUGGGAGGGCACGCAGUGGCAGCCCUGUUGUACAGUGUUAACACUGCGGCUUCUCUUUGAAUUUUAUUUGGGGGUUUAACUCGGUGGUGCACUGCAACUGGCCGUACAGCCCAUGCUCUAGGACAUACAUGAUUAGACAAAAGACUUGCUUUAAAAGGGAUGGCAGAAGGUCCAGCAAUGGAUCCAGUGAGACUUGCAAUGUAAAGGUGACUCUCCCUGCAUGUUCUAAGAAGGGAGAUGAUGGAGUUGUCUAUUCCAAACAAAUUAACACAAUGCCUGAUGUUGAUUGUAUGAAUUUGUGGUUAAUGUGAAUUUUAAACUCUUAACAAAUCUACAACUGGAUUCAGGGGGGAGGGAGGGGAUAGAAUGAUGCUUAAAUUGUUGUACCCAACUUGGUCAAUAAAGCAGCACAAGUUCAUAAUC